AUGUUCAAAGAAAGUAUAAAAUUCUUGGCGCAUUUUACUCCGCACAGUUUUCGCACCUAUAAACUCAGUAAAGAUUAAUAAUAUAUCACUUUUUCACUGCAAAAUUGUACAUUUUGAUUGGUUCCUCAGCGAUCGUUAGCCUGCAGCGCGGACCGCUGACUGGUCUCGAUCAUAGUAUAUCGGUCGCUAUAUAUAAGAUGGACGCUCGCGAAGAAAAACUUUAUUAAAUAACUCUUUUUCCAGUAAAAGAAAACCUUAAAUAUGUGAUCUCGGUAAGUUUUUUAUUUAAAAUAACUUACUUUUCUACUAUAGUUUUUGUUAAAACGUUGUUUACAUGUACAAAAACGCUAUUUGUAAUACUAAAAUGCUGAAUAAGUGAAACUUAAUUAAUAUAAGGGCUUUCUCGGCGAACUAAAGUGAAACUGCACUCGGUAUACGUAAAAACUGCUAUGUUUUUUACUUUUGAUAUAUUAGUAUCGGAAAAUAUGUUGUUAUUGUUUUAUCUUCGACUAUAUAAGAUAUUCCAAUAAGCAGCAUGCACGAUUUUGUAACUUGUACAAUAUAAUGCGCGGCGCAGGGCAUCCAAAACAUAAUGUACAUAAAAGGAAGAUUAUUUGGGAUACGUCGAAUGGGUGGAGCAGCAUGAAUUAUAUAAUUUUCAUUAUAUAACUUCUUUGAGCAAGAUACAUUGUUGUUUUGUGUUUCAGAGUUUUGAGCCAAAAUAACAAAGAAUGGGUGAACUCUUAUAUGGGUGACCUAUAGAGCGCAUAAAAGUGCCCUCGAAUGUCAUUGAUGUAAUAAGAGACAAAUGAAUAAAUUCUAAGAUGGGAGAUCUAUGUGGUCAUAAGUUUAUUGCGUAAUAUAUAGAUUAUUGUUCAAAUCAGUAGCUACCUCUAUAUUGUUUUGCUUAUUGGGUCAUUGGUUAUGUCACAAUAAAUGUUUUUAAGAAUGUCUCUAUUUUCUAAUCAAGAUUCAAAAGAGUUUUUCUCUAUGUAAUAUUUGCAAGUCAAACAACAAAUUUUGAGAGAAAUAUUUCUUAAGUCUCUAUAGUGACUAAAAACUAAAUUGUGACAUUAUAAAAGCUAUACAGAUCUGGCUCUCGGCUUAUUGAGUGCACUAUACGCGAACGCAUGCAAAGCAGAGCAGAACCAGAUUCUGGACGGCUGAAACGCGUGGAGUGACUUUGAAAUCAUGAAUCAAUCUAUCAUCUGUCUGCUCGGUCUGACUGUCGUGGUGGCCGUCGUGUGUUGUAAGUCGCCAUUUGUUUAGUCUGUUUUUAGAGAAGGUUCUUUCCUGUGUCGCGUAUUUUAAACGAAAGAUAUUCGUAACCAAGAAUUCUUCCCCACUGAACAGUUGAAUUGGUCGAGCUUUUUCCGGGUCAAGGAAAUCCGAAAUUAUACAAUCUGCGUUUUUAAUGAGUUCUGAUAAUGAACUGAAGCUAUUAGUUAGCGAAUGCCAGUGGCAUGCAUGCACUGACCGAAUAGUUGUAAUGAAAUAUGCUUUAAAUUUCACUAGGAAUCAAUGAUAGCAUGCAGUCGUGAGAGCAAGUUAAUAUAAUCAUUGUAUUAAAUUGUGCUUUUUAUAGCUUCAGAAAAAGUGGAGCAGCCUGAAUACAGUGAGUCAAAAUUCGUUUUUAAUUUGUAACUAAAUUGGAAACCUAUUGAAAAAGUUGUAAAAUACUGAAAAAAGUUUCCUUGAACAUUUUUUCAUAAUUCUAUUGUUUGUAUUUUGGUUUUUCAGAUAAAGGUUUGGUCAUUAAGAAACUGUGCUUCAAAGGUAUGACAUCAUACACAUUUUUUGACUUCCUCACCAGCGCAUUCCUUAAAUCCGUGACCUAGACAUUUUCGCUGAUAGUUACGUACUUCAGUAGGGUCUUGGUUUUCGAAACUACAAUAUAAUUAUUCUUUUGUUAUUUGCUUGAGGUAAUUAACAGAAUCAUGAGGUGAUUUUCUGGGGAAUGAUGAGAACAGCUUCAUUCACAUCCUACGGGACAUCAAUUUCAGCUGGAGAUGAAUUAUAGAGUAUAAUACAUGCCCCUCCACAUGUAAUAGUAGUUUAUUGAAAAACUCUAUUGCACUACAAUUACUGAAUUGGCGAACUUAAAUGACAUUGCAGAAUUACUAAUUAGUAAUAAUACUUAAAUCAAUAAUACAAUAUAAAAUAUUAUUUACUACCACAAAGCUUUUUGCGCGGAUUAUAUUUCGCGCAUGCAGUAUUAAAAUUUGCGCACCCAGCGCUACACGAAUUCUAGUAUUGCGCGAAUUUUAAUACAUGUGAGAUAUAGUGUCGACAUUUGGCUAAAACUAUCGUAAGGAAUUAGGAGAUUUUGUUUAAUUAAAACUACUUGUGUAGUCAAUCUGUCAACCUUUAACUUGUCCUUGUUUGUAUUCCACUAUAUUGUAUAAAUUCGCUGGGUCCAAAUUUUGGGGUUUUCGAGUCGUUUAAUACAAAAAUAAAAACAUUAAUAUUCAACACGCAAAAAAGUCCAAACAAAAAUGAACACAAGUACACAACGGAUGUUUAUGAGUCUACAACGUAUAUUUAUAGUUGCAGUUUAUUAAAGUCAAACUGUCAAACCUUUAACUUGUCCUUGUUAACUGUAUUUCACUAUAUUGUAUAUUCCACUAUAUUGUAUAUUAAAAUUCGCUGGGUCCAAAUUUUAUUCGGGGUUUUCGAGUCGUUACACAAAGAAAAAAACACAUUAAUUCAAUACGCAAGAAAGUCCAGAGUGCGACGCAACGUAAAAUCCAUAGGAAACCGGUACAACUCUUUGAAAAUUCAACGAAACUGUGUGAAAUAUAUUUUGAUCACUCAGCCAAAAGCCGCUAUUUUGAAACUGGACUGAAUAUGUCACCCUUGGAGUUCGGAAUUGUGCGCGUGCGUACAAGUCUAUAUAUGGGCUAAUAAGCGAAAAAUGUACCACAAGCAUGGCAUGAGCCGGCUAUUACGUACAUAAAUACGAGCAUGUUACUAUAAUAUAUAAAUCGUGGAAUCGAAGAAUCGAUGGCAUUUUGGCUUAGUCGUUGCAUCCAGAGCCUGCGAAAUGCGCGAACGCAAACUCGAUUUCUCGACGACGAAGAAAACAGAAAAUUAGGGAUUUAAGACACUUGGCUUUCAGGUCAGUGUAAUGAAAGCAAUUAAAAUCAAUAAAUUUAUCUUUUCUAUUGUUUUUAAAAGGCUAUUUAAAACAUUUUCCUGUGUUCUUAUAGAGUUUAUAGAAACACUUGUGAAGUUUGGGAGAAACUCGAAAUUGCGUGGAAACACUCGCACUUUGUGCUCGUGUUCCCCCGCAAUUUCUCGUUUCUCCCAAACUUUCACGCGUGUUUCUAUAACUCUAUAGAAACACGGAAAAUGUUUUCUAUUUCUUAAAUAAUAAUAGGCCAAUGAAAGUAUUUAAAAUACUCAUUAAUAAUUCAUGACGAAAAUUCAAAAGAAAUGAAUGUUUAAUCAAUGUUUGUAAAAAAUGGAUAAAGAUUUAUCUUGAUUUACAUAAACUUCAGUUUUGAUUUUCUCGACUUAGACAAUGUUUAUUUUUAAAAUUACUUCGCCAAUGAACUUAUAAGAUGGGUCGUUUUUUAAGUACUAUUUAAAACGUGAGCAGCAGUGUUUUAUCAGAUAUAUCUAUCGAGUAUUUUUAGGUCUGAUAAAACACGCACUGCGAGUGUUUUAAAUUGCUUCAAAAACGAUCGAUUUAUAUAGUAAGUUCAUUGGCGGAAGUAAUUUUUAAAAAAUACGUUGUGUAUAAGUCGACAAAAUCAAAGUUAAAGUUUAUGUAAAUUUAUGUUUAUGAUUUUUCUUUGUGUUUUCCUCAUGAAUUAUUAAUGAGUUUUUGAAGUACGUUAACUCCUGGCCGACAGGCCCUGAGAAAACUAGGUCGAUAGUCGUAUUACUAUUUUGCAGAUUCGUAUUUUCGGUUCAGUUUUUGCUAUGUAGAUGAAAAUACCAUCAUUCGAUUCAGCGAAAAAAUAUCAACAAUUCCUAGCAAUAGUUUUAGUCAAAGACAAACAUUAUAUUAAAACAUUCGCAUCCGAUCGUUUAUCUGAUAUACAAACUCUUGCCUUCGGCUCGAGUUGUAUAUCAGAUAAAGAUCGGCUUCUCAUGUUUUAACUGGUACGUAUAAAAGUGCAAACGGAUUGUGAUCUCUUUGCUCAACAAAUAGAAGUGUCAUUAAAAAGAUAAAAAUUUAUCAGAGUUUUUAAGAUAAAAUCGUGUUCACAAACAACUGGCUUUGGCUGCAAAUUAAAUCAGGCUUGGUUCCUACCCUUUUUCCUGUUUAUACCCUAAAGGCUCAUUUACACGAUACGACUAGUUGUAUACGAUUGUCAUUCUGACGAAUGAAAACGAGUGCUAAUGCCACGUUAUUGCUCAUUCGCAAAUGGCGAUAUUUGAAAUGUGACGUUUGUACGCGUGUUUAUUCGAUCACAUACGCCAGAGUAAGAAUCGUAUACAACUAAAAGUACCUGUAACUGUCCCGAUUUAAUAAAUACACUUUUUGAAUACAUAUAAGUGGCAGUAAAUUGCUCCAAAAAUGCAACAGUUUACAAGUUUCUCAAAGUGGGGGAACCAGUGGCGUAACUACUAUGCGCUCAGACCGGGUGAACCCGGGGGCCCCCAACCCAAAUGGGGGCCCCCAGGCUUAGGCGAUAGGGCAAAAACAUUGGCCAGGGCCUCUGAUAUGUUACAAUGUCGUUUUUUGACCAUCAGAAUUCUGUAAAAUCUCUCCCCAAAGUCCAGGAAAUGGCAUUUCAGAGAGUCUAGAUUCAAAAAUUUUCCGGAUGACCAUGCCCUGGACCCCCUAGAAAACUCGUGCAUAUACGGCGCUCGACUCGUGCCUUUGGCACUUCUACUAGGGGGGCCUUCGAAAAUUUUGAACCGGGGGCCCCUUGAUAUAACGUUACGCCACUGGGGGGAACGUUAUUCAAUCUUAUUCUUCAGAGGGUGGUAAAGGGUGUUCUCGUCAUACGAGUUCUUGGUUUGCACUUGACCUCAUGACAGCCAUGUUGGAGUAACGCUAAAAAUAUAAUAUCAUCAGCAGCUAUUGUAUUUUGAGCGUUUUUUCCUUCAAUAUGCCCCCAUAUCGUUGUCUUAUAAAUCUGAAGCGAUUGAUUUUUGGGUGUCUUGUGUUCGGGAAACACCAAAGUACACUCAAAAGAUGUAUUGAGACACCUCUAACACUUAUUGGGUGUAUAUAGUACGAAUUACAAGUGUAUUUGGUGUUUCCCAAACACAAAAUGGGUAAACAUUAAAUCAGUGUCUAUACAAAGCUGAAAUGAUUACACUAUUUUGGUGCUGUAACAACACCCAAAAAUUGAGGCUGUAAUUAUCAAUAUUUGUUCUCGGGAAAUGUGAAAUGACAGGUUUUUGUGUCGUGAUACGUUAUUGCAUGUAAUUUUUGUCCAGUAACCAAGAAUUUAUAUGAGGCCGGUAGAUAGAACAAAGACUGGACUAGCGUAGCUAGUGAGAAGUGCGAACGUGAUCAAAAGCAAUGAUUUGGAUGCAACAACUAUAUUUUUACUAGAUAUAUAGUACUUAAAAACGUUUUUCAAUGCUGAGCUUUCAGCGUAAAAAUAGGGAAGGCAUUGAAAAUUAAUACUCAAGAUUGAAAAUAAAAUUUACACAGUAAAAAACGUAUAUUUUUAAUUUUUGCGAACUGGUUUAUUUUUUACAUGUGAAACGUGACAUGGCUAUUUUUAAUUUCUGCACGUGAAACGUAAUACAAUCCCCUCCCUCCACCUUUUUGCAAUCCUUCUUCAGGCAUGGCUGCCCCAUUACGUACAGCUCUCCCGUUCUUUCGCCCUAUUUAACACUGCAUCGUUAUCUUACUGACUUUCUAGAGUGUAGGAAGUUGGAAAGUUUGGGCAAGUUUGUAGCAUGUGGCAAAGACGAAACCGCUGUAAAAUGCCGUGGAGCAAGUCAGAUGUAUAAUGGCAAAGGUUGUAAAAUAAACAGCUGUGGUUUUGGCGAAGGGAAUGAUUUUAGCGGGAAAAUUGAGGCAAUAUGCUGCAAAGAAACGGAACACAAUUAGAGUGGCUAAAAAUUCGUCUACCGACGUAACUAAUUUGAUAUCCUAUACCACGUCUGGAAAAGUUGGAGACAUACGUAUAGUUCUUAGUCGAGUGAGGGAUUCAUAGAAAUGUAACACAUUCUUUUGCAAAAAAGCUUAAAUUUCAUACAAAUGCAUUAAAACUGUGGCUUUUGUGUGGAAACUAACUUCUC